UAGAUUCUAAUGUUUCUUACAUUGAAAUUGGAUACGUUAAAAUCACUAUUGCAGUGGGUAACAAGAUGGCAAUCACUAUUGCAGUGGGUAACAGGAUGGCAAUCACUAUUGCAGUGGGUAACAAGAUGGCAAUCACUAUUGCAGUGGGUAACAGGAUGGCAAUCACUAUUGCAGUGGGUAACAAGAUGGCAAUCACUAUUGCAGUGGGUAACAAGAUGGCAAUAAAUGGUUUUCCUCAAUAA